AUGGCCUCAACAAUCUUCCUGCCGGGCGAACAAGUGCCAUCAGAAGUCCUCCCGCGAAGCAAAAAAGGCACAUUAACCCUCGGACCCGGCCUGCGCCAUAUCCCACCAGCAACCGUGCUAGCCACAACCCUAGGCUCUCUGCACAUCGACCACAAAAAAGCAGCCCUCUGGCUCGAGCAUGAAAAUGGCCGCUAUCAACCCGCCGUCGGAGACCUAGUCAUUGCACAAAUCCACCACUCCUCCGUCGACACGUGGCACUGCUCACUCACGCCGCAUACCUCCCUGGCACUCCUCAAUCAACUGGCGUUCGAAAGCGCGAGCAGGAAAAACCGACCUAAUCUCAAAUCUGGCGAUCUCGUCUACGCCCGCGUCAGUCGGUGUUCCAAGUGGGACGAUGUGGAGAUUGAGGGGUUCAACUCGGCGACGGGCAAGGCGGAGGGAAUGGGGCCGCUGAAGGGUGGGAUGGCGUUUGGGAUUUCGCCUGCUUUUGCGAGGAGGUUGAUGAUGGGGACGGGCAAGGAUGGGCUGGCGAAGGGUGGGGUCGUGGUUUUGGAUGAGGUUGGAGAGAAGGUCAAGUUUGAGGUUGCGGUGGGGAGGAAUGGGCGGGUGUGGGUGGAUAGUGGGAGUGUGAAGACUACUAUUACGGUUGGGCGGUUGUUGCAGUCUGCAGACGAAGAGAAGUGGGAUGUUGAGCGGCAGAGGAAGGAGGUGAAGAAGGCUUUGAGGGAUGUUUGA